UGGAACACAUGCUUGGUAUCCCUGAAAAAUUGACAUUCGCGUAAAAAGGCAAAGUGUUGUAUUGCAUGAAACGCUGGCAGUGCAGCGUUUUCAGUUUAUUUUCAUACGAUAAUCUAUUAUUUGUCGAAUGCGCUUUUGAUAAUUGUGUGCCUCGAUAAAGUGCAAAACUGUUAUAAUUGCAAAAAUGAUAUAAAAGGCUAGUUAAAAGUAGACAAACGUUGUUCUACUUCUCUUCAUAACACACACACAUACACGAAUUGCGCUGCCGCUCGGUCGGCUGAGUGUCAACAGCUGCCUCUUCUAGGUCCACACUCAAAAUGUCGGACAUUAAUGACGAUCUGCUUCACUAUGAGCUCGGCGACGAUCUCGAUGAUCAGGCGCUAUUGGGUGCCGACGAGGAUGAGUUGCUGCUUUCAGACGAAGAGCUGGAAAAAGAUGUUACCAGCGAGGUAAAGCAACAAAUGCGAGCCGAGGCCGAGGAAUGGGCACAAGAGCAACUGCGUCAGCAGGAGCGCAAACGCGAGGAAGUUCAACCAAUAGAAACUUCAAUUACAGCGAUAACAACAGCAAAAACUGCGCCACCAUCAGCCGCAGCCGCUGCUUCAUUAGAAACAACAACAUCUACAACAGCCACAACAAUGUUGUCAAGCCAAGACUGCGCACUGGAGCUAACAACGUUAAGCCCUAAAAGCCAUGUAACAAUAGAAACAACAAACUCCACAAUUGUGGCAGCUGCCGAAACAACAACAGCAACCGUGUCAAACGAUGUUCAACAGAUUACAGAGCUUGCACCUGCAACAUCGACAAGCAAUAUGGAGCCAUUGCUGCCACUACCUAAUGCGGAUGCAGCGCCAACAAGCAAUUUAGAAAGCGAUAGCGCUCCAGUUAUAUGCAGCAAGGAAGCCCAGGACAAUGGGGUUGACCAGGAAAAGGUCCAAGUUGAGAUUGAAGAUGCUGCUGGCAAUCGUGAUGUUGAUGGUGAGAGUGCUGGCGUCGCCGCAUAUUCGCAGCUGGCCAGCUCUAUGGAAAGUCUACCUAGUACCAGUUCAGCCUCGGCAUCAGCAUCUGAGCUGCAAGAUCCGCGCGAGGAUGAUGAAGAGCGCGAAGAGCGCACUAAUUACAAGACCGCCAGCGAACGUGCCGAUAGCAACACCGGCCACAAGCAACAGUUGCUGCCGCAUCCAACGCAAUACCAACAACAGCUACAGGGGCGACAUCAUGGAGACAAAAUGCGGAUGGUCGGCGGCGGACCGCGAUUCAUGCACGGCGGCAAACAGCGAGGCAUCGGACGCCAUCAUUUGCUGCGCAAUCCCACGUGUCCAAUGUUCAUGGGUCAGUUAUCGCAUCAACAGCAACGUCAGCGAAUGAUUGCCAUGCAGGCGAUGCCACCACCAGCACGUUAUGGCAUGACGGGUAAUGCACAAAUCACUCUUAUGACCGCUCCCUUAACUACCCUAACCCAUCCUGCUCCCGGCGGUACAUGCCUAAUACAUGGUACACCCAAUCCGAGCACAAAUCUUAAUCCACUAACAGCAACACAAUGUCUCAUACCAACAUUAGCACCACACCAGCAACAACAACAACAACAGAGUACACUAAACAAGAAUACAUUCAUUCCAGGACAAUAUCCACCACAGCCAACACCAACACAACAACAGCAACAACAACAACAGUCGUUGUACUCCUCACCCAACAAUCCGCCACCUCCAUCAGUAGCUGUAGCCUCCAUGUCCGCCUCCCCGCAUCUACACAAUCCACACCUGCUGCAUCAUAGUCCCAACAAUGCGCCGGUCAACGCGUCCGCACCACCAGCGCCACAACCGCCCCAUUUGCUGCCCCACCCGCAGGAGCAGAUGCGAGUUGGACUCCUUCAGCCACCGUUGCACUCCGCAUAUCCGCCCAGUUUUCGAAAUGGCGCACUACUUGGUCAGGGUCCGCCAUCGCAGCCACCUCCGGGCAUGCGUCCGCCCCACUAUCGCAAUGUACCACCCUAUGGUGGUGGUGUGCCAGGGGCAUCUGGCUAUGAGGGUGCGCCGCAGCCCCUCCAUCUUGGACCAGGUGGUCAGUAUAUGCGGCCGCACAAUGGCUGGCGUCCAGAGGGUGUGGCGCCUUUGCCCGGCGCCCACAACGGUGGUGCUGCCGGUGGUAUGCGUAUGCCCCGGCCGCCAUUGCAAGCGCUGCCGCCACACAUGAUGCCCGGAGCGCCUAACUACGCCAAUGGGAUGGGCAUGCGACCCCCAAUGCCACCACAUCAGCAACAGCAGCAGCAGCAGCAACAACAACAACAGCAGCAACAAGGACCUCCUGUGAAUGUGCAGACAUCACCAUCGUCAGCUGGACAGCAGGGUCCGCCAGUUCCACAAUCAGCAGCCGCGCCAGUCGCUACCAACCCUGGAGCCGCAUCGUCUGCGCCACGCGUUAGCAAAGUGCUAAUCAAUCCGAAUUUUAAGGGAGGCGUCGAGGCGGCCACCAAUAAAUUCAUUAAGGAGACACAUUUCAUGCCGGCCAUCAAUAGCGAGGCAGAGCUCUUGCGCCAACAGGAGGAGUUCAUUAACAAGAAUCGCCAGUACUUUGAGAAGCGUCGCAUGGAGCGAUCACCGCCGGCAGGCCAAAGUUCGGUGAGCGGACUGAGCGGAACACAACAAACACUGGAGCGGCGACGCAGCCGCAGUCGAAGUCGUUCGCGCGGUCGCAGUUACUCGCCGUUGCCCGCGCAGAAGCGGACAGAGCGUGAGCGCGAACGUGAUCGCGAACGGGAUCGGGAGAGGGAGCGUGAUAGGGAUCGCGAACGCUACGGCGGCAGCAGCGCAGCUGGAAAUCGCGUAUUUCGCCGUGCCAAUAGUCGUGAGCGCGACGAGAAUCGUUCAGCGGUGCCAACAAAGCGGCGGCGCAGUGGCUCGCCCGUCGGUGGCACUCGUAAUCCAUUCUCGGGUGAGCCGCGAGGACGUGGCAAUGAAACAGGCAGUCGCACCAUACAAAGCGAUGAAGAUGAGGAGACCCGAGCGUAUCGGCUGGAGAUUGAGAAGCAAAAGCAACUGCGUGAGAAGAUUAUGCGCGACAAGGAGUUAAAGCGUCGGCGUGCGGCUGAAGAGAAAUUGCACGAGGAGAAACGUGCCGAACAGUACAGUCCGGCGACGCCAAAUGAGGCACGUGAUGCAGAGACGUCCUUGAACGCGCCAAAGGCACGGCCCCUUUUAGUCACGGAGCGCAAAGUGAUUUCGCUAAAGCGACGCGAGGACCAGGAGCAGGCGGCCAAUCUGCGCAGUCGCCAUCAACAGCAGCAGCAGCAACCACGCAAGCAGGUGACACCGGCAAAAAUAGCGCCAGAGGCUAAGCGCAGCAUAACCGAACACUUGGCGCCCUCCAGCAAGCAUCAGCAGCAACAACAGUCACGUGCCGCUGGCGGCACUCCUCCUCCCAACAGCAGCAGUAGCAGCAACAACAACAACAUGAGCAAUAGCAACAAUAAGACGCGCGAUUUGUUGCGUCUCUGCACGUCCAGCGAUGACGAAGUGGAGCUGGACUAUGACGACGAUGCGCUGCUGCUGGAAGAAGAGGACCGUUUGCUGGCAACGCCCUCGCCGCCACCGCCAAGUCGAUCCGGUGGCACAUCAGCGAAACGCUCCGCCACGCCCGAGCUGGUAGUCAAUCGUAAUCGGAAACUGGUGCGUGGAUCGGCGAUACCAGCAGCAGGGCAUGCCGGCGAAGAAGUAGCAGCAUCAGCAGUGGGCGGUGGACAGCGUAAGACGAUAACCGCCAGCGGUAGCUUCGGCUCCAAUCAGCGGCGUGUCGUCCUAAAGCCCACCAGCAAUGGCAGCGAACAGCAGCAAUCAUCGCAUAGCAGCAGUGGUGGCAACAACAGCGGUAGUGGUAGCGGUAACAGUAGGCAGCGUGAAAGGGAGCGGCGGAUCCGUGAGCAACAGGAGCAACAGCUGCUCCAACGCAAAGGAAGCGGCGGGGGAGGCAUAUUCGAUCGCUUGGAGAAGCGACAGGUUACUAGCAGUGGCAGUGGGAGUGGAAGCAGCAACAAGCAGCGCAACAAAGCGCCCGCACGCAUUGUCUUGAAGCAUGAUUAGAAACAAUAUAACUGGAGGACCAGCAUCGCCAUCAACAACAACAACAACCACAUGAUUUCUUCUCUUUUUUUUGGUUAAUUUUUUCCCUUGGCUGCAUAUUUUAUGAAACCAUGAUUAAGAGAUUCUAUUCUAUAUAUAUACCAUAUAGGAGCAUAUGAUGAAGUUAUUAAUUAAACAAACACAUGUAUAUGCCCCAACAGCAACAACAACAAGAAUGGGCAGCAAUAAUUAUCGCUUGCCUGCCUGCUGUUCAAUUCUUAUUGUAUAAUUGUUAACUGUAACCCAUAUGUAUUGAAUUAUAUAUAUGAUGACCACACACACAUUAUAUAAUAACACCUUACACUAUUGACCACCCCAAACAUAAACAUAAGAAUCUUUAAGCUUAAGUUCAAAAGUUUCAAGCAAAGCAACAUAAUUGUGUAGAAUGUAGUAGAAAAUAAAUAUAUAUACUAAUAUAUAUAGAUUUAUAUAAAAAUCUCUAAUAUUUAGAUUAGCAUUAAGUGUACAAUAAUUUGACUAAACGCUAAAUUGUGUUUUUGCGUUGCCCCCCGAAGAACCCCCCACCCUCAUAAACCUGUAUUUAAUUAGUUUAAAUUAUAUUGUACAUUUUGUUUGCAUAGUUUUUUUUUUAAUUUUUUUAAGAUGGCUGCUCUACUCACAUACCCUUUUCAAGUAUGCGUAGUUAAACCGUCGCCCGAACAAGAACAGACUCAACAUUAUGUUUGUCAUUCUAUAUAUAUACAUACAGAUAUAUGUAUAAAACAUCAACAUUGUGUCAUUUAUAAUUUUACAGGAACCAAAAUUAUGAUUUUUAAGAACAAAGACGUGACUAUCGAUUGAUUAUUAUUAUUAUUAAUAUUAAAUUGUAUAUUUUUGAUAUCGCUCAAUAUUGUUGCAAGUAUUUCUUCCCUCAGUGUAUUUUGUAUGUAUUUAAACAGUCUGUCCUAAAUGUCUCGAUAUUUUAUACACAACUUUUUUUUAAAGUCAUAAAGGCAAUAUAAUGUUACAUAUAAAUGAAUUAUAAUUUAAAUAUGAUAACAAUACAAUACAAUAAUUAUUUUUGUCAACACAAUACUAACUGUCCAACUAUCAGCAGAAAACGUUUAGCUAUAGCAAGUCAAGUUUCUUCAGUCGAAUGUGUUUGAAAAAAAUGUGUGCAAAAUACAUACAAAAAGCAAUACCGUAAUGGCCUAAAACUAAUGAAACAAAACAACUUCAAUUGUGUACUCAAUUUAUAGAAAUAUACAUACAUAGAUAUAGAUAUGUACAAAAUUGCAGAACAGAGUAGAGACACACACAGCAUACAAUUACCACAAAAUGUCGAAGCAGUGCAUUCAAGAAAACCAACAAACAAAAUCUGCAAGCCAUACAGCUUACAAAUAUGCUAGACAAACUAUAAGAAACAAAAACAAACAAACAAAAAAAAUCAAAUUAUAAUUAUACUAUUGUAAACAUAAAAAGUAACAUUAUGAGAAACACUUCAAAUAAAAUUGCAAAACCAAUUCUAUAAUUCUAUAAUAAUUAUAUAAACCUUUACAUAUAUACACAGUGCGCGGAAUAUGGAAUGUUCGAUCAUGCUAAGUAACAUCGUCUAGGGAUUUAGAACAUUUUUUGCAAGACGUUAACAUUUGUUAAACGAAAUAUAUACACAACAAAUAAAAGACAAGAAUUCGUCGAAUGCAAACAAAUAUUUCACAUACAUUAAAUAUUUUAAUUCAAUUUUUUAUUACCACACUUCAUACUUCAAGAAAAAGAUGUUGGAUUGCUUUAAUUAUACUCCAGAGAACGAAAACAAAAACAAUUAAUUGUAAGCACGUA